UACGCGUUUUCUCUGCGGGAUAACUGACACCUCAUCUCGCCGCGAUCAGGACUGGAGGCUUCUAAUGGUUAUUCGUGGCGUACGUUCUUGUUCGGGCCAAGAAUUGCCGCAGCGAACGUGUGAUGAAUUAUUUCGAUGAUUGAUGAGUAUGGCAGCUACCGCCGCUGGUUCGGCGUCACCAACAGCUGAAUCGGCGAAGAAGAAAGCAAGAUUGAACCCGGCAAGGAGAAAGUCUGCCAAGGCAAAAUCACCAGCAGAAGGCACAACUUGUUCUGCCAAAGAUAGUGUCAGUCAGCUGACAUCAGGCUCCGGGACCACGAGCAAUGCUAAGACAACCUCGACUCCCAAAUCAAAGAAGCAGUCGUCCGUGAUCGCAGAAAGAUCGCAACCGCAAGCAGAUGUAGCGAAGCGAACGCCUGCUCCCCGAGCUGACUCUGGAGCCAACCAUGGCAACUCCGACCAUACCAACCAGGGCCGGGUGAAAGCUUUGGCAGUUGCUUCUCCAGCCAUGGUCACCGGCGGCCUAGUCGGUUGCGCUGCUGGAGCAGCUGUAAUUCUCGGAGCUGGCCUCUGGAAGAACAUGGCAGGUGUAGACUCCGCGAUUCUCGCAGCACGUACAGCCAAGCUUUGUGUGGACAAUCUCAUUGAGGAGGUCAUCACCAGUCUCAAGGCCGGAACAUAUAGCGGCGCCGAAGCAAUCGAUGUGCUGCGAAGGACUACGCUUGCAUAUGCUAGCACGAUUCCUGGAGGUGCACCAUUCGUCGAACGUCUCUUCCAGGAGGUGCAACUGGUACGUAAGCAGCGAGGCAACGAAGUAGAUCGAGUUCUCGCCGAAGCCUCUACGGAGUUGAUGGAAGCCGGUCAACGCGGUGCGAAUUCAGCAGAGUUACAUACUCUGAUAUGCAAGCAGUUGGUCAGGCUGUCUGCGUUCGCCAAUAAUGCCACACGGGAUGUGAUUGCGAGAAAUCCGACGUUUAGGCCCUACGUGGCGAGCGCUCAGAAAACGCUACGUCCACCUCGUGAGGCAAAGGUCCCUACUGUGAAGCUCAACAUGGCUGUCAAGCACAAGCUACCGAGUGCCUUGACUUGAUCACAACCCGACUUCUGGCGCAUCACUCAGCUCUAGCAAGAGGAAGCAGGUAUGAAGUAUCAUUCUCGAUUGCUCUGAGUAUCGAAAUGAUGAAGAGAGCAUGUCAGCACAUGCCGCAAGAUGAAGGCUCAUUCUCCAUAAUCACAUAUCAAUCUAAACCUCGCCCAUAUCUUAGACCC